AUGAAAAAGGUGUGCAAUGAUUGCGGCUCUGAAUUAGAUAUGGGCGCGCAUAUUCUGGAGUCCAACUCCAGCGGCAACUUGACUCCUGCGGUGUCCGAGGCUGGGACUGUCCUCCCGGGCUACCUGGCGGUGAUCUUAUCGGUCCUCAUGGUGACUCUGGUUGUCGUUGUGGUGGCUGGAAACGCGCUGGUCAUCAUGGCUUUCAUUGUGGAUAAAACCCUGAGAAAUCAAAGCAACUACUUCUUCCUGAACCUUGCUAUAUCAGAUUUUCUCGUGGGUGCCUUCUGCAUCCCGGUGUACAUCCCGUACAAUCUGACAGGCCGGUGGAUGCUGGGUAAAGGUCUCUGCAAGGUGUGGCUGGUCAUGGACUACCUGCUCUGCACCGCCUCAGUCUUCAACAUUGUCCUCAUUAGUUAUGACCGCUUCCUGUCAGUCACAAGAGCAGUUAAAUACAGAGCACAAAGAAACAUGACCCGCCUGGCUGUGUUCAAGAUGGUGGCGGUGUGGCUGCUGGCCUUCCUCCUCUACGGCCCUGCCAUCAUCUUCUGGGAGACGAUCGUGGGCCAGAGCGUCGUCCCGGCCCACGAGUGCUACGCCGAGUUUUACUUCACCUGGUACUUCCUGCUGAGCGCUUCUACCUUUGAGUUCUUCACCCCGUUUGUGUCCGUGGCCUUCUUCAACUUCAGCAUUUACAUGAACAUCUAUCGCAGGAACAAGAACAGGGGCGCCAGCGCCGAGGACGACGCCAAGGCGCAGAGGAUCAGUAAGAAGCACAGAGAUGGAAAAGGCUGGUCUGUGUUCUUUGUGAAGACUCGGAAGGUGUCGUCCAGCGAGCCUACCGCUAUCUCUGCGGUAAUCGAGGAUGACGAUGUCCUGUCCCCUUCCUCCAACGGGGACCCCACCACCAGUCAGAUAUUCAUGCAGAGGGAGAAGUGCUCUCCUAAUCGAAAAAACUCCAGGCUGUGUCAGCACACGGCCUCCUGCACUGCGCCCGGCCAGAGGACACAUGGAUCUCGUCUUUCGCGAGACAAAAAGAUCGCCAAGUCUUUAGCCAUCAUUGUCUGUAUUUUUGGGAUUUGCUGGGCUCCUUACACUCUACUGAUGAUUAUCCGCGCCGCCUGCAGCGGUGCGUGUGUGGCGAACCACUGGUACGACAUCACGUUCUGGCUUCUGUGGUUGAACUCUGCCAUCAACCCGUUCUUGUACCCUCUGUGCCACAGCAGCUUUCGAAGGGCUUUCUCGAAGAUACUGUGUCCUAAAAGACAAUCUGUCCAGCCUCAGAUUGAGGCUCAAUCCUGUUAGAACUCAAUUGCACUUCUGUUCUUUAGGAAUGCACUAACUGUUGUAGGUGAAACACUGUAAAAAAAAAAACAAACAAACAAACCUGUUCUUUUACUGUUCUUCCAUCAAAAA